CACGUGUAACAAAUCUGUUUGCGGAAAUUCUGAUUCACCAAUCGUUUACGUGUCAAUUUUCUACUGGCUGAAUCUCAACAACAAGUGACUUACAUAAAAUGACUGGCAGAAGAACCGGCACCUCCGUGCUACUUUCGCCAAAGCCCUCCGCCCACAAGAAAAUGGGGGAGCAAGCUUGUUGCAGAUCAGGAGAAGAUAAGGAAAAUGGAGAAUCGAAAAUCAUCCGCGUAUGCGGCAUGCAAUUCGCAUACGAAUUACAACAUCCACUCUUCUUCGAUUUCAAUCUCGAUAUCGCUCGUGGAUCUCGUUGCCUUCUCGUCGGCGCGAACGGAUCUGGGAAGACGACAUUGUUGAAAAUUUUAGCGGGAAAGCAUAUGGUUGGUGGAAGAGACGUUGUGAGAGUGCUAAACCGUUCGGCUUUUCAUGAGACUCAACUUGUUUGUAGCGGUGAUUUAGCUUACUUGGGAGGAUCUUGGAGUAAAACUAUUGGCUCUGCUGGGGAGGUUCCAUUGCAGGGGGACUUCUCAGCGGAACACAUGAUAUUUGGAGUUGAAGGGAUUGAUCCUGUGAGGAGAGAAAAGUUGAUUGAGUUGCUUGAUAUUGAUUUGCAGUGGCGAAUGCAUAAGGUAUCUGAUGGGCAACGGCGUCGAGUCCAAAUUUGUAUGGGUCUUCUUCAUCCUUUUCAGGUUCUUUUGCUGGAUGAGGUUACCGUGGACCUUGACGUUGUUGCGAGGAUGGAUUUACUUGAUUUCUUUAAGGAAGAAUGUGAGCAGAGGGGAGCCACAAUUGUAUAUGCGACCCAUAUUUUUGAUGGGUUGGAAACAUGGGCAACACAUCUGGCUUACAUCCAAGAUGGUGAAUUGAAGAGAUCUGAGAAGUUGACAGAAGUUAAUGAGUUGAAAAGCUUUGAAAAUUUGCUCUCUGUUGUUGAGGCCUGGCUUCGUUCUGAAUCCAAGUGUGAGAAAAAGAAACCCAUCAGCGCCCCUGCCCAAGUCCAGAAGGCCUCGCCUUAUGGUACUUCUCCUUUCAUGUCAUCGAGGCACAUGGCAUACUAUCGGUGAUCUCUCUUAGUCCAGCUAUUUUUCAAAAAUUUUUGAAAACCAAAGCAAGAAAUACAAGUGGGGAAAGUUUUUUGUGGUCACCUACUAUUUACUUAUAGCUGGCCACUAUCGAUUUAUAUACUUGUUGGUAUCUUUGUUUUAAAAAUGAUAAUGGUGAAACUGAUGAUCUGUCUUUGGCAAAUAGUGUUGUAAUUUGUCAUCUAUUAUGGUACUGAAAUAUCUAUGAAAUUAGUUGAAAGAAGUCAAUGCAGAAUAGGUGCUUCUGGAUCUUGUUGGCUACACCAAUGAAGCCCUGAUCCAACAAUCUGCCUUUGGCAAAUAAUGUAAUCUCAUUUCAAUAAUGAAAAAGCCUUGAGUACAA